UAUUGAUUUCUCUUGAUCGGGGCGAACUUGGAAAUGGGUUAAUAAAUAGUAUUAUUAAUACUAAUUGCUCAUACGGCAAUACCGAAGCACAUGCUAUAGUCGCGCUUUUCUUCCUUUUUUGACCUUCAUCACCAUCGGCUGCAUUAGAAGUGUUAUGCAAAUGUUGGCCAUAAUUCGUUUUACAGUUUGCCACAAAGUAGGUUUGCUUAUCCCCGAGGUGAUUGGAAAUUCGCAUUCGAAUGAGCGAAACGCGGGUCCGGGACCCGGGUCCCGCCGUCUGCACCGAUCCAAUCAAUUAAUCCGCGAGCCGCGAAGCCAUCAAAGCGGAGGUCGCGGGUUCGCGCGCACGACGAAGUGCAUCCUCUCAUCCGAUGAUAUUGUCUAUAACUGUGCCUUCAAAUAAAUAAACAUCCGCAUGGAGAAGAGGGUCGUAACCCCAACCACUUGAACUCGUUGCGAAUCGUGGCCCUUUGUUACGGUCCUCUAAGAGAAGAUGAGGCGGCACUGGGAGGAACAACAGGCACGACCUGCUCCACACUUUAUCACCGGAGCAGCCAUUCACUAUAUUGCGAACAAGAGAUGUUUACCGGAUGUUGCGAAAGGGGCGCUUUCGCUCGCGGAAAGUAAAAAUCCCGGAGAGCGGAAGUUGCCCGACAACGGGGUUAGCUAUUCAGGUUAUAAAGGAAACCGUUUUUUUUUGUUGUUGUUUGCAGAACCUGCUACCAUUGCCGGCGGACGCUAGCGCGGCCUUGGUCAAGCCCACCAAAUACCAUUACUACCCCCACAACCAGCACAUCUAUCUUCUCCCGGAAUGCGCCAUCCAACAGGUUUGCAAUGCUGUUUAUGUCCGGCUGAACUGGACGCAACCGCUGUGCGCCUGUCCUUCGAGGUACAGAGACCCUUGCUCAGCCAGCCUCAAUUCUGAUGAUCUUCACACUACCGAGUUAAUGACUGAUAGGAAUUCCCGGAGGGCCCUGACUCUGGUAAAGACCUGUGAACCUACGACUGAGAUGAGAAUGUGCGGAGCUCCACGUGACUGGUCACUGUUGGCUCUCCAGAACAUCAGAACAGGAAAAUCGCAUUACCUUGUCAUAUGCCGUUGCCCAGACACCAGCAUUUUAGAGGGUCCAAUGUCACACAGUCAACCGACAUACGCAAGCGUUCCCGGGAUUAGAGUUUAUGGUAUGGUUUGUGUACCAGGUGUUGGUAACAACAAGAACCGAAGGGGCCGCCCGUUGAGAAUCACGAGGUCUCCUGAGAACCCACCUUUCCCAUGGAAGAAGGCUUUGGAGUUCUCGAAAACCGCCGUCUGGGACGACUAAACACCACCAUGACCCAAGCAUCACGGACCCAAAUGCAAACGAAUUUCCCCAAUUUUAAUUAUUACUUUAGUCUUUAGUUAAUGUGAAUACGUUCAGUGGAUCAGAUCCACCAAUUACAUUUUAUUAGCUUAAUAUUUAGUAGCAAAUUUAAACUGCAACAGUACAAUAAUUUCAAAAGGCGCGCCA